AUGAUGUACAAGCCACACACACCCAUGGAGCUCGGCGACGCCGUGCUGGGUCAGAUCACCCUGGCGCUUGUGUUUGUGCUCGACCACAUGAUUCCCGCAGUGCACAAAAUCGUCAGCUGGGAUACAGACGACGUUGAUCUGGGCCCGAUCAUCCCGAAGGCCAAACACUUGUAUAAGCAACCAGAGUGCGUUAUUGUGACCGACUGA